CGCGAGUUGGGGGCUGAAUUCAAUGCCGAGCGAGACUUUCUAUACGCAAUAAUAUUCAGUUCCAUUUUGGCUGUUCCGGCGUGCAGCGCGCUCGAGUAAUUGAGGCUCGGUUCGACAGACGUAAAAACCAAUAAUACGUACACAAUCGAUUAAACAUAAGUGAAAUAACUUCACUGUUUUGAUCGACUUCUACUGCGCUGUGUAAUAUAUUAAUAGUUUCGGUUAUUGUUUUUCACUAUCGCCCCCCGAUUGGUGCGAAGACCUUGACGAUCGAUAAUUAGGUGCGAGAUUUGUUGGAACGAGAUAGCGUUCAUUGACGACGGUGGAAAGAUAUUAGCCAUUUGGAGUGAAAUCCGGCCAAGUGUCUCUGAUGUUUCCCGGGAUUUGACCGUAGAGAUCAAUCGAUAAGGCACAGUGCAAAGUGAGUGAAAGAGAAGAGACCAGUAGUGAGUUAUGAUUGCUGACUAACGCUUAUCUUCCAUCGUCAAUCAGUGCAUACAGUUGAAAACGCUGCACUCAGCUAGUGCCUUGGAGUGAAGGUUUUGAUUGCCCUCCCAACUGACCGAGCUAACACAUCGAAACAACGCAACCGUCACGAAGUGUAAAUGUAGGAGAAAUAACGUUUCGAGAUAUGUCACCUGAAUACUAAAAUGUGGAAGGCGUGAAUAAUAAAUAUGGUGCUUGAAGGAAUAUCAGCUAAUUGGACGUUACACUGAGAGAGCUCUCGCAGCCGAUAAGUUAACCAAUCGACCGACACCACGACCGUUUGUGGUCGGUUAUCGAACAAGAUCCGAGACAAAACGAAAAGCCGAAAUCUUCGGACCCAGCUUUAAACGAAUGAACACGCGGCAGUCAACAAUGGAAACAAUUUACCGAGCGGUUGAAAAUAGGAAGCCGAUAACAAUUUGAAUAAUCAAUUCGAACCAACCAUCACUAGGCAGGCCGAGACGACGCGAGUGCAAAUAAUGAGGUGAGCAAAUUUUGGCCAAGUGCGCAAACAGAAUAAAGAAGAAAAAACAAGUGUAAAGUGUAUUGCACCUCUACUCGAAUAAUGCAAUAAUCGUUGAAUGCUGUGAAGUGAAUAUCGUCGAGAAGUGGAGUGUGAAUUUUUUGGUGGAAAAAAACAUCGAUUCGUCGAAAACAAAACCCGGCGCAUAAAACAGGUUAAGACGGUACUACACAUUUGGCGAACGGUGAUUGAAGGACUUCAACGAGGAGCACCCAACGAACCCGACACCGAACCCCGAUGAGCAUCGAAGAACGGCCACUGAAGGAUGGGAUAUUUUUCGAAGCGAAACAUUUUUAUCUACUGCUGCAUAUCGGCGUGUCUGUCACUGAUCACCUAUCUGAUAGCAUUUUCCUGCGAAGUUUCGUGGAUACUGGAAUCGAAAGGUAACCUCCCGAUACCGUCCUACCUGCUGUGCACGGAGUUUUUCAUCCUCUUCAUCUCGUCGGCCGUGCUGAUCCAUGGACUAUCGACGGGAGUAUCAUGGGGGCUGCUUUGCUGGUCGAUCAUCAUAGGGAUGCUGUCUGUGCCGGAACUGGCGCUCGUGAUGUACAUGACCAUACAAUAUUGGGGACUGCAGUCAGCACAUGGACUAACGGAAUUAAUUGGAUAUUUAGUACGUUUAAUAGUCAACUGUCUGGCGUUGCUGUGUGUUAUUCCAACUGCAUUGAGAUGGCGUCAGGAGAAGAAAGUCCUUGCACAGCUCGAAUCCCUUGCAUCGCGGCUUCAGCUGACCACACCGACACCGACUACUCCGUUCAACGCCACCAAUGGAAUGAACUCCUUGCGAGCCAGCAAACGGAGUCAAUCUAGCAGACGGCCCUCAACUGGGUUCGACAAUCCCGGCUAUGUUCCACACGAAACCAACUCGGUCGAUAUCGUUCAACAGUACACGGCAUACAACAAUUUGUAUGGGUCGCACAGUGAAUUCAAUGCGAGCAUUUUCGGACUGAACCCUUCGCAGUACAUUGGUCCUCCACCUCCGGAGUUGGGAACAGAAUGCAAAAAAACACAAUCGCUAUUAGAUCUGCGGUUCAUAUUCCCUCCCAAGUUUCUCACUAGCAAUGAGAAGAAAAACGCCAAAGAAAAAGGAACCGACGAGACGGAUAGUGUGUUAAAUAAUAAUCUAAAAAACAAGAUCAACAACAAACUGAACGAUACUUCGAAUAAAGCUAGCAAGGACAACAACAGUGUCAUAGAUAUGAACACCGAUCCGACGGCGACGAAUAACGACCCCAUCUACUACACGAUCGAAUCAACGAAAAACAACAAAAUUCUCGGCAGGAAUUGCGUUUCGUUGGAGAACCUAGGCAACAUCACCCUAUCCGAGUCACCACUGCCAUACAAGAAGAACGAUUUUGCUCAGUACCGGUACGGAAAUAACCUUCUCAAGAACUACGCCCAAAACCCGUGGAACGUGAUCGCGUACAACCCGGCGUACAGUGCCUAUCCGCCGGCCUACUUCCACUAUCACAUGCAUCCCUACCAGAUUUACCAGAUGCAUCACAAUAACUUCCCUCCGACGUCCACAGUGCCGACGGCAGGAGGAGGAGGCUACUUUGCCCACCAUCAAAUGCAGCAACACCAGUACCAGCCUCAUCAUCACCACCCGGGCGAACCUCGGGUAGCCUAUAACACUAUGCAUCACUCGACCAUCAGCUAUGGGUACAACAAUGCUUAUCUGAACAGUGCAAACAAUAGUCGGCAAUCGCUGGGUAAUGAGUCGGACGACUUCCGGAAGUACCGCGAUGUGGCUCUGUAGGAUGUUGGUUGAUAGCCGCGGAAUGUUUGCGUGGCCGGCCGGGUGGAAAUGUGCAUAGAUUGUCGAAAUCUGGGAAGUAUAUUGAUGAACCAGUUUCUUUCGUGGAAAAAGUAUUUAUUUACCGAUGUUACAAUAGUACAAUAAGCUUUAGUUAGUAGGAGAAUUGUAAAACUAGAAAGUAGGAGAGUUGGUGUACAGAUGUAAUACUCAGAUGACUGCAAACAACUGUUUCGGCAGCUUUUGCUAACACGAUACGUAAUAGGAAAUAUUACAACCCACAACGAGGAGGAAUCGAACUGUAAUAAUAUAGUCACAGUUACCUUUGCUAAACCUAAGAACACGAAACUGCUGAAAUAAAGUCAAUCACAUCGAA